UGUGAUGCACCAAAUAAAGAUGAAUGACAUCAGAGAGACAUCUCUUUACCUGCGCUGAAACGCGCACUUCGGCAAAUUCACGAAUGUGUCACUCGGAAACGCACCAUGUGACGAAAAUGAAAAUGUGAAGUUUUCAUCAACGGAAAAAAAGAACAGCUCAAACCUACCGUUUCUCACGAACAGUUGGGAUAUUUUCACCAUUGGAUAUAGAUUCUUUUUAUUUUCUUCCUCUGUUUUUUUAUAAUGAAAGGAUGUAAUCGUUUUUGCAAGAAAUGUUGAAGUGUGCGUGAAAAAAAAAGGAUAAAGGGAUAAUAAUCGUCGAAGAGACUUGUGACUGAGGGUGGCAAGAUGAUUCCAAAGACAAAAGGAGAGUUUCUGUGCGUGGGAGACUUCAUAUGUCUCUACUCAGUCGACACAGAGGGCUACGUCAAUGCCACUCAGUCCAGUUCAAGUUACAGUGAAGUGUACAUUUACCACGAUCAAGACAGGGAUAAGCCAUCGAGGAUUCCUAAUCCACAAGCUGUUACGUUUCAGAUAUGCAUCCAGAACAGGUACAAACUGAGCAAAAAGCUACGGAAGCUGACUACCAGCCAGACCACCAACGGGACGGAGUCGGCAAUGGUGAACAAGUCUGUGUUGACUCAGACCAAGCUGGCGGCCGCGGCAGAGGAUGCAGACAACAUGUCCGAGCAGAAGAGACAGCAGGGCAAGAGAGUGCGCUAUGGGGAGAUCGUACAGCUGAAGCACGUCCUGACGAACAAGUACAUCCACAUGUGUACCUCACAGACCAGCAUUACACUGCAGGAAUACAACGCCAAGAACGCACAGUUCCGGAUUCUGCCGCAGUACAAGGUCAAAUCAGAGGGAGAAGUGGUUCAAAUCUACGACCAGAUUGUAUUUGAGAGCAUCAAAUCUCCCGGGCAUUUCUUCCAUGCUAGUGCCGACUUCCAGAUUGAUCACUUUAACAAAGGAUCCGAGUUGAACCUUGGAGUGGAACGGUCUGGCUUCACACUGGUUCGUUUCUGCAAAGAAAACCCAGACUUGGAGUUGUUUAUGAAGGGUGGAAGUGUGAUUCGACUCUUCCACAAAGAGCUGGAGGCAUACCUGGUUGCUGAAGGACUUUUCGACGAUGACGUCACGGAAGACGGUCAGAUCAUUCAAGAUGUUCACUUCCGCAUCCGAGUGAUGGAUCAACACAAGCCCCGCACUUUAUCUCCGCCGUCUUCGGGAAAUACGUUUUGGCAGAUCGAAGCGGAGACCAGCAUCCUCUACGAUGAAGAUUACAUCCGGAAACAGUUUAGGGGCGUGGAAGACAGCCAGGAACAGAGCAUGCGUGGCUUGCGCUGGGAUACGGCUAAUGUCCGACAGGUGUCGGCAAGUGGAGAGAGCAUGUACGACGACGCCUUCACCAUCCAGUAUGUGGAGAAACACUAUGUGGACGACUUCAACUACGUGGCUGGAAUGGUGCCCUUCCUUCUGAACCUCAUCAGAGAUAGGAGCGAGAGUUCUCUGCUGAACGCUAAAAAGACUCAUUUAACCUUGACGGCUAUGGAAGAACUGAGAAAGUUCAUGUACGUCAACAACGUCACAAACAAGAACAGACAGAAGCUGAUGAGAAACUUACGGGUGAUCGACCUACUGGUCAAGAUACUGCAGUGUCCACUAGACGGUCAGCACGACGAGGUCAACCUGACCUCGGUGUUCAAGGAAGCCUACGACGCCCUGUACACGUACAUGAUAGGUCGUUCACGCAAGAACGCCCUCUACUUCGCCAAGUACAUUGACUUCUUCCAAACACAGUUUACGCAGAAGGGUGGCAUUGGUCUCAAUGUUGCUCAGAUGAUCGUGGAGCUCAUCAGAGACAAGCGAAAGAUCGUGGACAGAAUCACGCAUGCGCAGAUUGAUGAGUUUGUCUCCCUCUUGGAAAAGACUCAGAACUACCGGUUCCUGGACCUGCUGCACGUGCUCUGUGUGUGCGAUGACGUGGCUAUCCCGAACAACCAGAGCUACAUCGUGGAGAGGUGGCUGCAGUGUGAGCAGAAAGGCGUGUACCUGACAGCCCGCGGCCAAGACAUCAACAGACAGCCCAACAUUCUCUACAUCUCUACCUCUGGAGGCAAGGGCUGGCUCGCUCUGCACGAGUUUGUCAAUGAUGAGGACCCGAACUAUGACGCGGACAAACACGAUUUCCUCAUCCACCAGCUGGAUCUGUACAAGGCUCUUUGUUAUGGUCGCAACGACUACGCCAUCAACAUCAUCACCAAAGAGCUGCGUUACCUGACCUGGGAGGAGACGUUUCUGUCGCUCCGCUCGGACAUACUUCCUGACGCCAUCCGGGCCAAGUACUGCGACCUCACUACCAGUCUGUUUGUGGAUGUGGGCAACAACUACUCUGUCCUCGACCACCCAAACAUUUGCUUCGUCUAUGACUACGUGGGAUCCAAAGACGAGGAAAAAAGCCAGGGUGACUUUGUUGUCAAGGAGCUGGUGGCCAUUUUCCCGGUCCUCAGGGAUUGGAUAGCAGAGUUCCUGCAGCAGAACAACCUGAUGGUUUCCUCUGAGAUUGGCCACAACAUGCUGAUAGAACAAGUUCUCCGGCUGCUCUACCAUCUGGUCAAGUUCGGCUACUACAUGGACGCAGAGGACGUGAGCCAGCUGUUGCCUCCUAUGUUGUGUCUGCUGGACGGGAGACACGACGUGCCCUACCCUAAAGACAAGGACAAAGGUUAUUCCAAAGAGGCGAUGAAGCAGGUCCUGCAGUUCCAGCACUCGGACAGAUACGAGAAGGCUGCGGAAACAGAAGCCAUUGUCAAUGCCAAGUUCCAAGCUCUAGAGGUCCUCGAUCUUCUGCUCACCUACAGACGAAACUCAAGACUCCAGAGCUUCGUGGGCAAGUUCAAAAUAGCAGAGCAAGCUGUUGCUCACCGGAAACAGACACACGUGCUGAGCCCGUUGCUUUACGACACCUUCAACCCACACGACCAGACCAAAAAAUGUGUUCGCAAACAACGACAAGUUAUCAAAGAGAUGAGAGACAUGUUCAACUCUUCUGCCAUUUUCGACAUGGAGCUGUUGACCAAGAUUCUCAUUGAUCUGACCAAGUACAAGUACAACAAAGUAAUAACCAAGGCUCUCAACAUCCUCAACAAGGUCUAUUCCUCCAAGACCAACAUGUUUAACCUCUCCUUCAAGGCACAGGUGCUACUCACCCAAGAUUCUGCUCGCGUGCAUCGGGAAGUGCUCAAGAACAUGCCUGUGCUCAGGAGGUUGGCCCGGGCGAAGCUUGACAAGGAGCAAGUGAAGCUGAUGGGCAGUAUUCUGGACGACUUGGCAGAAUUCUGUCAUUUACCCAUGACCCCCGAUGAGCCCCACCCUAUGAACCAGAACAUUCUGAUCAGCAACGGGAUUCUGAUCAUCCUUUUCGAUAUACUUGUGCAAGAAGUGGACAUCAAACUAUUUGAGCAAUACGGAGGAAUGACGUCAGUGUUCAGGAAGACGUUGUAUCUCCUCAAGCUGUUAGCCCGAGAGAACGAGACGGUCCAGAUGCACAUCUUCGAGAGGCUGGACAUUCUGCUGGACGUCCGGGUGGUGGAGAACGACCUGGCAGUGGCGCUCAGAGAGGUUUUCUACGGCAACCAGAACACCUGCCUCAAGAUCAACCCGCGGCAGAUCCAGAAGAUUGUGAACAGAGCGGCCGACCUUCAAGAAAAAGGACCAGAAUUCCUUGACCUUCUCUCUAUGAUUGUCAAGGUCGCUGGCACAGAUCUGACACUGAAGAGAAACCAAGCCUACGUCAUGAAGUACAUUAUGCAGAACUUCAAGAAAGUUGCUUUCGUCCUUGACCUUUCACGGGAAGAAAGGGAAUCGAUUCUAACGGAGAACGACAAUAUGCCAAGGCUUCGUUACUUUAUCAGUCUUUUGGAUUUGCUUGCUGCCUGUGCUGAGGGUGAGAAUCUGUUCAUAGAGUCUCUAUGUCAGACCAUCCUCCCGAUGGACGAGCUGCUGCUAAUCCUCAACAACCCGGCCAUCGACAACGUGCUGAAGAAGCCGUUCCUGAGAUGCCUGCACCAUGUGUACAUGAAGAGCACAGGGAAUGUGGUGGACAUGCAGACUAGUGAGAUCCCACACGACACUAUGCAGUUUGAACGACCUCAACACGAUGUUUUCCACUGGGAGCUGUGGGAUUACUUGUCGUCUUUGUCCAUCGAGAUCAACAGACUGACUGACAGUAUCCGGGAUGACCCAGAGAAGCUUGGGCUACACCUGAAGACAGCGCCUGAGAAAAGUGGGUCUGCCAGCGCCCCAGACUUCGAGUCCUCCACCUACGGCACAGUCCUGUACAUCAUAGAGGGCGUGCUGCCCUUCCUGGAGACCUUCUACCGGGACUUCUACCUGCCCGACACCGCCAUGCACUCCAACGAGGCGGACGAGACUGACCACCUGGCCAAGGCUUGUGUGAUGUUCGGUGAGAUAGCUGGGCCACUCCUGUUCAAACCCACGCACAUGAAGAACCUGGUGAACUGUCUGGCUGUUGUUGUGCCAGUCUCCAACAUGCCAAACUCGAAUCUGGAGAGUGUCAUGGAGCGGUUCGCAUCUGGCAUCACUGUAGAGGACACCUCAAGUGCUAUACGCAGGGGAAACAUUGAAUACUACGCCACUGAGGUAGAACUGAAUGCCAAGUUUCGCCUGUACGCAAGGAACUGUGCCGCCGUAUUUGCCGGACACAACACGGUAUCGGCGCAGCUCAAGUUUAGCUCCAAGAGAGCGUACACUGUGAUCGAAGGGGACGAGGAGCUGCCCCUAGGGGAGGAGUUCCAGUCUCUGGUCAAAUGUUUCAUUGACACGCAUGAGAAAAAGCCGGACAAACGGUUUUUGCCAGCAGCCAAGCUCAUUGACCAGCUUUCCAUCUCCCUGGAGUACAAACGACUGACCGAGAGUGCCCGUUUGGAAAUGGACGAGCUGAACAUCAAGUGCUUCCAGGUGCUGCGCGCCAUCAUACACAACGAAGAACGGAAACUUCCGGAGGACUGGGAGACUCGGACAUCAGAGCACAAAAUCGAAAAGGGUCUCAAGUUCAUUGCAGCCAUCCAGAACAUGUACGACCAGAAGGGUGCCAUGAAGAAGUCUCUGCCCCAUCUGGCCUCCAGGAAUGACCUCAUCGCCAAGGAAGUCCUGGCUUUCCUCUGUAUUAUGCUCUUCAACGCUAACAGUAUUGUGCAGCAAUCCAUGCUGACAUACUUCUUCUCAACGCGGGAGGAAGUGUUUUUCAUGGCCGUGAGAGACAGGAUGGCCCUUUCCACCAACUCCAUCAAAGAGAAGCGAUCCCUUCAAACCCAACAUGAGGCCAAAAUGAAGGAGUCGUCAGACAGCAAGAAGUCAAGAAACAUGUUCAUGGUUACGCUAAUGGCUUUGAGGCAAAUUCAAGCCUAUGAGGAUGCCAUGAGACAGCAGAGGCUAAGUGGAUGGACUCGUAGAACGACCCGUGCCUGUGUGAAACCCCCAGAGAAAAAGAAAAAAGCGAAGGCGAAAAAGCAGCCAGCUGCUGUCGACACAAUGGGCAAGCCGGUCAAAGAAAAAACCGGCAAAAAGAAGAAGGGCGGCAAAAAAGACAGCAACGACCCCAACAACGGCAUUCUGAAGAAAGACAAAGAGGUGUCCUUCGUGAACCCAAUAGCCAAGGAGAGUGAGGCGCUCAUGCCAGACUCAGGGACUGAGAUAGACGUCUCCAUCAAAGUAGAAGUUGAGCCAGAUCAAGAGUCAGACGUGGUAACAGACACGUCGGCCUUUGAGUACAAGAACGACGGGUACAUCGAGCUGGUGCUCAAAGUGAUGGCGCGCAUGUGUGACGGCCAGAACAAACAGCUACAGGACUAUCUCCGUGAACAACCCGACAACGUCAAGUCUUUCGACAUCAUAGCCGAGGUGACACGCUUUCUGAAUGUCGUCUACUCCAACAUCAACAGCAAGAACAUCGACCUGGUCAUACAGCUCUUCGAGACCAUGAAUGAAUUUACGGCGGGAAAUCAGGAAAACAGAGUUGUCAUUUACGACAACAAAAUCAUUGACUACAUCAACUUUAUCCUGAGAUCUGGAGAGUUCGCAGACUGCUCCACAGAGAAGACUCUAGAGCUGAGAAACAGCAUCUCCAACCUUGUUAUGAGUCUUAUUGAAGAGAAUGGACCCGGCGCCACGGAAGUGGCUCUGGAGGUUAAAGACACAUUGGACAAGAAAGCAGUUCUGGCCCUCAUGGCAACAUGUUACGAGCGCCAUCAGACAGACAAGACCAAGAUUCUGGAGCUGAAGGCUCUGGAGGAGGCACUCAAUGACCCCUUGGGUUCACAGACCAAGAUGGCGUCGAACCGGAACUUAGUGACGGGGAAAAAGUUGCUGAAAGUCAUGCAAAAGAAGCAGAAGGAUGAGUUCGCUGACGGUUUCAUGGACGUGGGCUACAGCCUGUAUCUCAUCCUAGCCCGCAUGGUGGACAUUGACCCCAAGCUGUUUGAUUAUCCGAGUGCUUAGGGAAGAGGUGAAAGAAAAGUUGAAGUGGGGCGUGGACCGCUCGUCGCCUAGCAACAAGAUCCGUGAUCUGAUGGGAUGGACGAAAGACAUCAUGAAAGACAUUGCCUACCAGCAGAAAAUCCUGAAGAACCCAGUGGCUGUGCUCUUGACCAAAGGCUGGCUUGUGUGGAACCAUACAGUGACGUUGCUUAGCUUCGCCAUCAACAUUCUGAUGCUAAUGACGUGGGAGGCGAAAGCGUCCCUAGCAACGCCAGGUGUCAUGGACAACGUAACAAACAUACCUGCGAUCCUGAAAGACCCGACACCCUCCAUCACGAUGCUGAACGAAGACAACUACAACGUAUCCAUCCUAGUGAUGGGAGGAACGCACAACUUUCUCUCCCUGCUCGUCUUCAUCAGCUACUUCGUGUGCAACCACCCAAGACUGCCCAGCAUACGGAAUGGAAUAAUGGCCUGCAAGAAAUCCUUACGGAAGAACAAGGAUGAGGAAGAUGAGGAAGACAAGAAACGGAAGCAUAUCUCGAAACUGGAUGCCAGAUUUUUCAGCGUGACCACAUUCUAUUACGCUAUCUUCUUGACCUUGUCUGUGGGCGGGACCCUCACCAACGGCUACUUCUUCGCCUUCCACCUGCUGAACAUCGUCAACAACAACCAGCUUCUCAGUGGAGUCAUCAAAGCUGUCACUCAAAACGGCAAGUCCCUGCUGUGGGUCGGUGUCUUGGGUCUCGUGGUCUUCUACCUGUACGGCAUGAUAGGCUUCGCCCUGAUGCGCAGCAUGUUCGACCCCGGGGAGUACCUGUACUGUAACACGUUAUGGCAGUGCACCAUAACCGUCAUACGAUACGGGCUCAUUGGGGAUUUGUUCGAGGUCAUGAAACCGCACAGCAACGAGAAAACUUUUGAGAAAUUCGGCGUCGUCGUUUUCUACCACGUUUCCUUUUUCAUCUUCAUCACCACCAUAGGUCUCAACAUCAUCUUUGGUAUCAUUGUCGAUACAUUCUCAGAACUUCGAGAUCUCAAGUGGACAGCGGAAUCGGACAUGAGAGAUACGUGCUUCAUCUGCAGCAGGAAUUCUUACGACUUCGAGCAUCACGGCAAGGGGUUUGACCACCACGUGCGCCACGAACACAACAUGUGGUCCUACAUCUUUUUCUUCAUCCAUCUCAACGGCACCAAAGUGAACGACUACACGGCGCUGGAGAUGUACGUCUUCAAACUGCUGGGCAAAGAGAACUAUGAUUUCUUCCCCCUGGAUCGCGCCCUGUCCCUAGCCUCGAUGGGCAAAGACGCCACAGAGACGAAACUGGACGACCUUCUGGGACAAGUGACCAGCAUUGUGGAGAAACAGAGAGCGGAGGCGACCUGGCAGCCCGGAUAGGUGAGUCAGUCCGUCGCCCCAGCAUAACAGACGGCCGACCGGACCCGGGCCAUAGGGCUAGCCUCGCAGACAUCGGAAGAGGCCCUAGUCUCUCGGACCACGCGGGAAGGCUGUCCAGCUACCUGGACAGUCGCAGGUCCAGUAUAGGAGACCAUCAGGUCCGUCUCGUUAUGACGUGGACGACCCAUACGUCAGGAGCCUGAGCCCUGUCCGCUAUGACGACAGACUGCGAAGUCCAGCUCGCUCAAGGAGGGGAAGCAGCGACCAAGACUUCAUGGGCGUGGUGAUCACACCGACCGCCAGACGGGAAAUCCCGACCCGUGACGUCACGAGCAUGCUCAGCCCGAGAGGACUUUCCACGGAGAGUCGGCAGGCGAGCCCACGCGGCACCACGGUAUUUUUCCCCGACACCGACUCGCUGUCCAGUUUCCAUGGUGACCAGGGACCUCCCGAGCGCAUGUCUGCUGGAGAAGUCUACCCAGGGGAAGUAAUCGAAGGGCCUGUGUUCGUGCAGCCGAGAGAUCUCCCAGGAGGGCGGGAGAGAGACGGAGACUCGGAGAGCGUACACAGCGGAGACUCGCGACAUUAAAACAGAAUGGGGACAUUCAGAACGAGUUCAAAGAAAAAAAGGAUAAAAGUAUCCCCCCCACCUCCCAUCUUUUUUUUUUUCAUUUUGACCUGCUUGACCUAGAGCUCUACAUCUAUCGGGGUCAGAAUAGGGUUAUGUAUAUGUCUCACAAGUUGCGGGAAUGGCAAACAGGCGUGCUGUGAUCGCCAUGAUGCGCUAAUUGUUUGUUUGAGUAAUAAGAACUACAUCGACACUCGACACAAUAAUGGUUAUUUCGUGCAGGGAAAAGGUAAGAUAGACAGACAGACCGACAAAAAUAACAGAGGAAGAGUAAAGAAGGAGGACCUAUCACACGAUUGAUGCGUUGAGACAUGGGAAGGUAUACUUGACUUUUACCGCCGAAAAGAAGACACCCUUUUUCUCAACAGCAGAAGGUGUAAACAGCUUCUUGAGAAAGCCUCAGCCACCAUUUUUUUUCAGGUGUGGUCAAAACAAUUAAUGCCUUUUUGAAGAUGGGUCCCAACAGUGGCCGCAAUGUUGAGGAGGCUGGGGUAAGGGGUAGAGCUGAGAUUUGGAGAAGAGGAGGGGAGGAAGAUUAGAUCGGCCGGGAAAAAUUGAACCCCUCUCUGAAAUUUGAACACUGAACUUUCCCAAGGUGGCAACAUAAACAGCCGAGACACAGAAAAUUAAACAAAAUGUGGGUCAAAGUAAAUUAUUGUUCACUUGGAGGAAAUAACUCCCAACUUCUUAAGGAUAGCUGAGCAAAAAAAAAAAAAAAAAAAAGAA